CCGCGAGCCGACAGUCGAGUGCCGUCCGUGGUCCGGUUUGGACCACAGCUAACUUUUCGGUAGUUGAUCAUCGCGGCUCCUAGUAUCGCGGGACUUGUUUGAAGAACUUUCACUUAAGGCCAAGCUUUACGCGUGUUUAAUUGGUUUUUGAGGUUUUGGCGGUAAAACUUUAACGACCUGCGGCGGUGGCGCGUUCAAAAACCUUUAGCGUCGUCUACAAACUUGUGUUUGCUCACGAGAGAUACGCGAUACGGCGUGUAAAGUCUGUUCGGCAUCAUCAUCAUCAUCACGAUCAUCGGCAGUGGCCGGCAGAGAACGUGAGAUAAAGAGUUGGGACGACGCGUGUGCGCAAGCCCGAUGCCCGGCCUAAUCGAUCCCUCCAAAAAGCCGCCAUCCAGCUCGGAACCACUUAGGAAAAAUGGCGCCAACGGACAAAGUAACCCGGCGUUCGAGAUGAACGACUCCGAAGUAGGUGUCACCACCGGAAAAGAUGGCAAAGAUUCCCACGGAGGUGAUGGUGGUGGUGGUGGCCACGGUAUCGAUUCCGAUCAUCCCACGUCCUACCUGGAGACAACGAUGCACAUCUUCAAGGGUAACGUCGGGCCCGGGCUGUACGCCAUGGGACAGGCCUUCUUCAACGGUGGCAUCGUGGCGGCACCUAUUCUGACGGUCCUACUCGGAAUCACCUGCAUUCACAGCCAACAUUUACUGCUUAACUGCGCGGCGAAGGUAAAGGCCAAGCUGCCGAACGCCAAACAGCUACCGGACUUUGCGGAAACGGUAGAGCUGUGCUUCGAGCAUGGACCCCAGAGGACGCGCCGGUUGGCCAAGUACAUGAAGAUGGCCGUUAACGUGUUCAUCUGCAUCACCCAGCUGGGCUUUUGUACCGUUUACUUCGGGUUCAUCAGUAACAAUUUGAAGCAGAUCUACGACUACUACGGCGUCGUCCUGGACAUCCGCGUCCACAUGGCGAUAAUCUUUGUACCGAUCCUGCUGCCCACGCUCAUCCGAAACCUCAAAUACCUCGCCUGGUGCAUGACCCUCGCGAACAUCUGCAUGAUGCUCGGAAUCUGCAUCACAGCGUCGUACGCCGUCCGCGACUUGCCCUCGCUCAGCGAACGGGAAUACUUCUCCAGCUGGCGCCAACUGCCACUGUACUUUGGAACCGCAAUCUUUGCGUUCGAAGGAAUAGCGCUGGUCCUUCCGCUGCACAACGCCAUGCGAAAGCCGUCGGAUUUUGGACGUCCGCUGGGUGUGCUGAACGUGGGAAUGGCCAUCGUGACGGUUAUCUUCACCGUGCUGGGAUUCCUCGGUUAUCUCAAGUGGGGCGACGACGUCAAAAGUAGCCUUACGUUGAACCUGCCACCCGGGGACAUUCUGGCCCAGAGCGUGAAGGUCAUGGUCUCGCUGGGUAUCCUGCUCGGCUAUGCGCUCCAAUUCUUCGUUGCGAUCCAGAUCAUGCUGCCGUCGGUGCACUCUAAGAUCGGCUACAGCAAGACACACCCCGUCCGGGUUGAGUUGGUCUUCCGGCUGGUGAUGGUCCUGGUCACUUUUAUCGUGGCCGAAAGCAUUCUCAACGUGGGCGCGCUUAUCUCCCUAAUCGGUGCUCUCUGUUCGACAGCGCUGGCGUUGGUCUUCCCCCCGGUGCUGGAGAUCAUCCUGGGUUUGGCUCAGGGCGGAAAAAUCUGUUGGAUGGUGUGGCUCAAAAACAGUCUCAUUCUUGUUCUGGCGAUCUUCAUCUUCCUCACCGGGACUUUCGAGAGUCUCAAAGAGCUGUGACACUUUUUUUUUAGAAAUAUUUUUAUGAUUUAUUUUGUGAUAUUGUAAAUGCAAUUAAAGAUUUUGCUUUCAAAUAA